UAUUUCAGUUGCAGCAAAACGACAACAAAAACAGUUCAUACCCAAUGUUGGUCUAACUGUGACCUACUUAUCAUUUUAUUAGUAUUUUAUCUUUUUGUUUUUAGUUAUUCGAAGAUAUUUGUGAUUGUAUUUAAUCUUAAUAUUCCUGUACGAUUCGUUUGAAUUACACAUAUUUCGUGAUUAAAGUACGUAAUGUCGGUCACAAUUAUCAUGUUGCGUCUAAAAUUCAACGUCUUGUUCGAUUUUCUCGUUCCUUUAUUAUAAUCGUCAUACGCCGGGCUUAAGGUGAUCAUUGUUAAAAUGGCACAAACAAGACGAGUACCAGUAUUCGGUUCAAGACCACCAUGCGCAUAUCAAUCUCGUCUUGAUGAACGUAGCUUACAGUUACGAAUGGCAAGACUAGAACGGUCAAGAAAAUCUGAUAAGCCUGAAGAUUUUGUUUGCUAUGAAGAUUCAGAUGAAGAAGAAGAAAGUACUAUGUCGCUAUGUACGAUGCUAAAUUCUUCGUACAAUUUUGUGGAUUAUAUUAGAAAUAGAGAGUAUGGAAUGCGAGAGUAUCGGUCUGUUAACCAAAAUCAUGGUACUAGGCAUAUUCUUACUCAUGAUUUAUUCAAAGAAAGAUCCAUUCCUUUAAAAACAAUGAAUAAAGUUUUUUGUUCGCAAUGGCUAAGUAGUAAACAAAUUGUGUUUGGUACGAAAUGUAAUAAACUUAUGGUUUACAAUGUAAAAUCACAUGAGCUAGACCAAAUACCUUCAAUAAAAGGACGAACAGAUGAAGCACCAGAUCAACAAAGUGGCAUUCAUUCUUUAAAAAUAAAUCCAUCUAGAUCAUUAUUGGCAACAGGUGCAUAUAAUUCAAAUGAAAUUGCUGUAUACAGGUUGCCUACAUUAGAUCCAAUUGUUUUAGCUGAGGGUGCUCACAAAGAUUGGAUAUUUGAUAUUGAAUGGUUGGAUGAUGAAUUUUUUGUUAGUGGAUCACGAGAUACCAAGCUUGCACUAUGGCAAGUUCAAGAUCAAUAUGAAGAACAAUAUGAUGCUGAUGGUGAUCUCAUACAACCAGUAACGCAAUAUCUGAAUCCCGCAGUUAUAAGAAGCUGUAAAACAGCUCAAAAAGUCCGUGCAAUUACAUUCAAUAAGCAUUUAAAAGAAAUGGUUACACUAUCAUUAAAUGGAUAUAUCCAUAUUUGGGACGUUGAACGUUUUAGACAAAGAUUUUCAAGAAGACUAUCAUCUUAUCAGGACAAUGUCUGCAUGGCAAUGAAAAAUGACAGUAGUUUAUAUGCUGUUGGAUGCCGUUCAUACACAUUAUUACUUGAUUCAAGGACUUUACAUACUAUAAAAAAAAUCCCAGCAAGAUAUAGUGGAUGUGGAAUUAGAUCUUUGAGUUUCCAAGAUAAUGUAAUUACAAUUGGAACAGGUGUUGGUGUUAUAAUGUUCUAUGAUAUAAGGGCUGGAAAAUACUUAGAGUCUAGUAUUAAUUCAAGUAGAGCCGUUGUAUUAAAGACUAGUCGAGGUUAUGUUUACACCGAUGAAGAUUUCAUGAUGGAUCAAGGUUUUCAACGAGUAAAAUACACACCAGCAAUAUACACUCACUGCUAUGAUUAUUCAGGAACCCGAUUAUUUUCUGCAGGAGGACCAUUACCAGCCAAUUUAUGUGGAAAUUAUGCAGGCUUAUGGCAAUAGUAUUUUCAAUUGUUAAGAUAUUAUUGGUAGUAUUCUCAUACUGUGUUAAAUGUUUAUACCUUCAGUGGGUAAAAUAUAACUAUUUUAUGAGUGACAUUCCUCAAGUUAAAGUGUGUGUGCGAAAUGUUGAAAUAGGUACUAAUUAAUUAUAUAAGCAAUUUAACUAUGCUAUUUGAUAAUCAAUACUUGAUCUUUUUGAUUAUGUGAUUUGAACAUGAAAAAUUUACUUUUUUCAAAAUAUAUCAUGUUUUAGGAGUAAGAACUAAGACUACAUCACGAGGAAUGAGUGUUAUUCAAUUAAUCUAGCGAUUUUUUAUAAGAAAACAGUUUUUAAUUUUGCAAAACUUGUAAAACUUAUUACUAAUAUACUGAUAAUUGAAUUCUAUAACAAAA